AUGCCUAUUCAUCAAUAUGAUGGCUGGUCGUAUGAACGGCUGCGUCAGCAACGCAACCGAGCCCAUUUCUUGCUCGAGGACCCAUACCGUUACGUGACAGUGCUGCUGAUAUCGAAGCCAGGCAAGUCAGACGUACUGAAGUGCAUCGACAGUCCCUGCUACCAUGCCGCUGGCCCACUAGGCGAGGGCGACAUUGUUGAAAUAGAGGAUCUGCUCUGUCUGCGCUGCCCUUGGCAUCGGUAUCUUGUGAACAUCGAGAACGGGGAGGAGAUUCUGCUUCAGGUAGACCCGACCACCGAACAGGGGGCGGGAAUGGUCGGCCGCCACGCCGCCCUCCCCACGCACCCGAUGAACUUAGCCGAUCUGUCCGCCGGAGGCGUGAAGGUGGUGCACGGGGAGAAGGUGCAGCGAGUGCACCAUGCGUGGCUUGAGGAAGCCACGGGUAUUCUCUCUAUCGAGGUGGCAGAGGAGGCGGCCAUGUGCCAGCAUCCCGUCAAGUCUGACAAGCCGGCCGGCAACGUAAAGAGUGGCGGCAUCUGUAUGCAGAUCUUUGACAUUAAGGCACGGGGUCUCGACCAGUUGUAA